AGUAGAUCGAGAGCUGGACGGGGACGGAGAUCCAUCAGGGCAGGGAGAAAGUGUCUGUGGGAGCUGGGAAAGUUUAUUAUUAUUAUUUCAGAGUCACCGAUAGAGAUGGAGGUCUUGCGGUGUGCCUUUCUUCUGAUGUGUGCCUGCCUUGUUCACCAAGCUGAUGGACGCAGAAUGUACAGGGAUAUUUUCCCACACAAGCAUCCGCUAUCAGGAAAGUCUCCAUUUCCAAUCCCGCCCAUCCCUGGCUGGGAUCCUGACACCAAUCCAUGGGACGACUACCUCUACCCACCACCAAAACCAGAGUCUAAUGAACUCAUGCAUCACAGAGGCAAACCCAAAGUUCGUCUGACGAGCGACAGCCCGGCUCUCAACGGCUCCUGCGUCUCCUUCACUGCCAAGCUGGAGUAUCCGCCGUGCCAGAAGGAGGACGCCAACGGGGACCUGAUCUGGGACGAACACUGUGAAGAUGGUACGGAGCUGGAGGCCUCAGCCAACGGACAAGUGCGGUCUGGAUAUGUGUACAACUGGACCUCCUGGAUAGAUGACUAUGGCUUUGGGAAGUGCACAGACAAAAAAAAAUGCAACGUGUUCCCUGAUGGGAAGCCCUUCCCUCAGAGCAAUGACUGGAGACGCAAGAACUAUGUCUACGUCUGGCACGCAAUGGGUCAGUACUUUGAGACUUGUGACGGCUCUUCGUCCAGUUUGACCAUCAACACCACCAACAUCCCUCUGGGGGCAGAGAUCAUGGAGGUCAUGGUGUAUCGGAAGAAGGAGCGCAGGAAGUACAGCCCCCUCAGCACAGACAGCACCGUCUUCUACGUCACAGAUAAGAUCCCUUUAGCAGUCAACAUCUCCCAGAAGGCUGCCAUCAACCAGUCUGAGAAUGUUUUCUUCCGUGGCGAGGAUGUGGUCUUUCAAGUCCAGCUCCACGACCCCAGCGGCUACCUCAAAACCGCCGCCGCCAUCGACUACAUCUGGGACUUCAGAGAUGGCAAUCAGCUGGUAACACACCGCGACGUGACCACACACAGCUACAGCACGCUGGGGACGAUGAGCGUGAAGCUGGUGGUUGAGGCGGCAUUCCCGGUCGAGUGUCCGCCCGCUGCCGCCACCACGACCCCGGGUCACCCUUCACCUCCUCACACAGAGGCUCCUACUCCUCCCCCUGUCACUCACGCUGGUACAACCAAGAUGGAGACCACACAGGUGCCACCCAGUACGAGCCAGCCCAUUCCGUCUUCCUCGCCUGCCUCCAUGAUGCCCUCCACAGAGCCCCUUGGGCCCCUUGAUGCCAGCACCACCCCAGGCCUCGGCUCCACCACCCCGGCGUGGCUCCGCACCAGGCGUCUCAGUAGCAAUGAGUGCUACCGAUACGCUUACGGGACCUUCAGUGGCAACAUCACCAUCAUUGAGCCCAAACGCCCUCUGACCAGCCAGCCGAACAGUCGGAUCGUGGACGUGUCGGCGGCCAGAGUGACCAAAACUGACAUCAGCUUCCGUGUGAAAUGCCUGGGCAGCAUCCCCACCUCAGCUUGCACCAUCGUGUCAGAUCCCAGCUGCACCCGGGUGAGUGACAUUAUGUGCGACGACGUGCCGCCGUCAUCCACGUGCGAAGUGCAUCUGAGGCGCAGGUUUCCGGAGCCCGGCACCUACUGCGUGAACAUCACCCUGGAGGACUCCAAGAGCAUGGCCUUCGCCAGCACGACUGUCACCAUCAACAAGUCCCAGGAUCCGCCCGCGUCCAAGAAGUCUUCGGCUCCAGGAGUGGUCCUCGCCUCCAGCGGCGUGCUGGUGGCCGUCUUUGCAUUAAUCGCUUAUCUGGUGUACAAGCGCUACAGAGUGUACCAACCAAUUCGGAGGUCACUGAUGGAGGAUGCCUGCACCGAUCCCGGGGUCGGAGGCCGCAUGGUCCGCCUGAGAGAGGCCAUCUUUCCCUCCAGCGAGGAGAGCCGUCGCCUACUGACUGAGGGACAUUCCGGUUAGGCUUCACAGAGCUGCAUCACAAUACGCUCUCCGCUUCACUUCAAAAAAAAUACCGGAGCUAAUGCAAAAUCAUUUACGGUGCAAUUCUCAGCAAAAUGUGAAUCAUUUUAAAUGACAGGAAUAUAUGUAGUUUAGUUUAUAACACUAAUAUCUUGUUUGCACCCCAGUUUAGUAUGAUCAGUGUUUGCUUUGGCACACAUAAUGCUACAGCGGUAUAUUAUUGGAAUGAUAAACUCAAUGUCAGUGAUUUGACCUCUUUACAGAACCAAGUAGUUUUUCUGAGGUAAACUUUGUUUUGUGGCUAUUUUUGGCUCAAAUGUAGUAAUGUAUAACUUUUUGCUACUGACUUUACAAAACCUUUUAACCUUUUUGUUUACAGUACACUGUAUGAGAAUAUAUUUAGACAUUUUUCCAUUGGUAGUGACUCGUGUUCUUCAGCUGAGUGAAUCAACAGAAAAAAAAAAACAUGAAAUUUUACACCAAUAAAGAGACUAAGACUGA